CCGCCUUCGAGUCUCUGCCCGCAAGUCAGCCCCUUCGCGACAACCGAAUCCAACUGCACAACGUCACACGGGUGCAGCGGCGGCCUUGUGCCAAACCUGGCUUAAUUGAUGCGACGGAGCUGGACUGCCCGCCUCUCCGUGCUUGGACGCCCCCUGAUCUCGACGCGCUGGCUCGUCUGUCACAAACGGUAUACGACCAUGACGGCAUCAGAAGCGCGAGAGGCGGCAAAGCCUGGCAAGCUACAUGGAAGGGCGUUUUAUGAGAGCAUUGGAAGCCCCAAGUACAUUGUGGCCCCUAUGGUGGACCAGUCCGAGUUUGCCUGGCGCAUGCUCACACGAUCGUACAUGGCCGAUUCCGAACAGUCCAAACUUCUCGCGUAUACCCCGAUGCUACACGCCCGGCUCUUCUCUCAGGAGGAAAAAUAUCGCCGGGGCCAUUUCCAGGCUGUCCGGCCCGAUGCCUCAGAGCCAUGGCUUGACGGAAACGCUUCCAUGGACCGACCGCUCUUCGUGCAGUUUUGCGCCAACGACCCCGAUGCGCUCCUCGCCGCGGCCCGUCACGUCGCCCCGUACUGUGACGCCGUCGACCUCAAUCUAGGAUGCCCACAAGGCAUCGCGAGAAAGGGCCAUUACGGCGCCUUUCUCCAGGAGGACCAGGACCUUAUUUUUCGUCUCAUCAACAAGCUUCACAGGGAACUGUCUAUUCCCGUCACGGCCAAGAUAAGAAUACUGGAGACGAGGGAAAAGACGCUGGCGUACGCGCAGAACGUCCUCAAGGCCGGCGCUUCCAUCCUGACGGUGCACGGCCGGAGGCGCGAGCAAAAGGGGCACCUGACGGGCCUGGCGGACUGGGAGACGCUUAAGUGGCUCAGGGACAGCCUGCCACCCGAGACGGUCAUGUUUGCCAACGGCAACAUUCUGCAGGAGGGCGACGUCGAGAAGUGCCUCGAGGCGACGGGCGUCGACGGAGUCAUGAGUGCAGAGGGCAACCUGAGCGACCCGGCCAUCUUCGCCAAGCCACCGCCCCCGGGCGAGGAGGGACGCGAGUACUGGCGUGGCAAGGACGGCAAGGGAGGCUGGCGGGUCGACGGCAUGACGAGGCGAUACCUCGACAUCAUCCACAGGUAUGCGCUCGGUGAGGAGCCGCCCCAGCGGCGGCCGCUCUUCAUGCCCGGGGACGACACGGCCUGGCUUGCGGCGGACGACGCCGAGGGUGAGGGCGACGAGCCGGCCCGCAAGCGGCGCAAGAAAGACGGCCCGCCGCGCAAGGAGGAGGCCAAUCCCAACCUGUCGGCCAUGCAGCCACAUCUGUUCCACCUGCUCCGGCACUUUGUCACGCGGCACACGGACGUGCGCGACAUGCUCGCGCGCGGGCGCAAGGACGGCAUCGACGGCUACGAGCGGGUCCUCGAAGCCGUGGAACGCAGAGUCGCCGAGGGCCUUCUCGAAUACGAGCGCACCGGCGGGGAGAGUUUCGAAGCGGAGCUGCGCGCGCUGGAAGAUUCGACGCCGGCCGCUGCGACCGAGUCCAACGGCGCCGGGGCAGGCGACGAGACCGAGAGCCAGAAGGCAGACACGGUGCCGGAGGCGGAGAGCUCCCGGGGCACGAUAAGGCGGUGCAAGCGGCCGUGGUGGGUCGCGCAGCCCAUCGUGCGGCCACUGCCGAGCGAGGCGCUGGCCAAGGGGGCGAUAACGCUGAGCAAGAAGAACAAAGCCGCUGUCGCCGCCGGCGCCUCCUCCAGAGACCUGGGUUCCCAGAAGGGCGGCGACGACGACGGCAAGGAGGGCGCGCCGCACAAGGCAGAGGCAGCAGCCGCCGCCGCCGCCACCAACACCACCACUACCCAUGAAAACGGAGCCACGGCCCAGCAAGUCGAGACAGAGGCAGAGGCGGAGGGGAGGAAGGAGGAGCUCGCAUCACGAGACGAGCUCGUCGCGGGAUGAAUAGAUGUGAAUAGAUGUUUGAGUAGCAAAUCACACAAAAAUCACCGUCUAGGG